UUUCUCUUUAAUCCAAUAUCAUCCUCUUUCAUUAUGUCAUCUGUACCUACUCUUCGCAAAAAGAAUGCUGUCUAUCAAAAUAACGUGAACAAAAGAGGUCAUGUGAAAACUAGUCUAAAACCUACUCCUACUUUCAAGUUACCAGUAUCUUAUACAGUUCUUGGUAUAUUAGCGUUUGCUCUUUUAGGUGGAGCUAUUUUACAAAUUAUUGAUUUAUUAUUUUGAACAAUAAAAAAAAAAAACAAAUUGUAUAUAUUC